AUGUUUCAUUCCCAUGGCUUUGGUUCGGGAUACGGCGACGGCGCAUAUCCUUUGAUGAAUUCCCAAGAGACAAACCCAGCGUCGAUCAAUCAUCUUCGACUUGGGAAUUCAGCAGAAAACCAACCAGCGCCAUUUCUAGGAUUUUCCCCGCAAAUCCAGUCACCAAACUGGUUGCCUCUUCCAUCGCCAUCUCCUGCCAACUUUCCUUCCUUCAGUAUGCCCUCGUUCUCCAGCUCAUUACGAUACCCCGUUUUGCAGCCAGUUCUCCCUCACAUCGCAUCCAUCAUCCCCCAAUCUCUAGCCUGUGAUCUUCUCGAUGUAUAUUUCACUAGCUCCUCUUCUUCCCACUUUUCGCCGGCGUCGCCGUAUGUGGUGGGUUAUGUCUUUCGGAAACAGUCGUUUCUCCACCCAACCAAGCCAAGAGUUUGCAGUCCUGGCCUCCUUGCCAGCAUGCUUUGGGUGGCAGCUCAAACAAGCGAAGCUGCAUUUUUGACAUCGCCUCCCUCAGCGCGGGGGCGAGUCUGUCAAAAGCUGCUUGAACUCACGAUCGGCCUGCUUCGGCCACUGAUUCAUGGGCCUGCCACCGGCGAGGCGUCGCCCAAUUAUGCUGCAAAUAUGGUCAUUAACGGGGUGGCUCUAGGGGGGUUCGGGGUCUCAAUGGACCAGUUGGGUGCCCAAAGCAGUGCGACAGGUGCUGUUGAUGAUGUUGCCACCUAUGUUCACCUGGCUACAGUUGUGUCGGCUAGCGAGUACAAAGCGGCCAGUAUGCGCUGGUGGACUGCUGCAUGGUCUCUUGCGCGAGAGCUGAAAUUGGGCCGUGAACUAGCACCGAAUACAACCACCCGACAAGGUGGCGAAUUGGAAGGUGAAUCGGAUAUGGAUUUGAACGGUAAAAAGGGACAAGAGUCAUCGCUACUCACAGAAGAAGAACGUGAAGAGCGGCGGCGCAUCUGGUGGCUACUAUAUGUGACGGAUCGCCAUCUAGCCCUUUGCUACAACCGGCCUUUGACCUUAUUGGAUACAGAGUGCGAGGGCCUUUUGCAACCGAUGAAUGACGAUCUCUGGCAAGCGGGCGACUUUUCUGCAGUCUCUUACCGCCGCCGCGCUGGUCCAGCCUUUGAAUGCACUGGCCAUAGCAUGUUUGAAUACUUCCUGCCUUUGAUGAGCAUUCUCGGUGAGAUCGUGGACCUCCAGCAUGCCAGAAAUCACCCAAGAUUUGGUCUCCACUUCCGCAACAGUGGCGAGUGGGAGAGCCAGGCCAUGGAGAUCAAUCGACAGUUGGAUGUCUAUGCCCAGAGUUUGAAAGAAUUCGAGGCUCGAUACACAAGUUCUUUGGCCUUCGGUGCAGGGGAGAAUGAUACCACAAUGGAAGGCUCCCAUGUUAGCCCCUCUGGUCGCUCGAGUAGUACUGUCGGGUCGCACUUGAGCGAGUCGAUUGUCCACACCAAAAUGGUGGUUGCCUAUGGAACUCACAUCAUGCACGUUCUCCACAUUCUCCUGGCUGGCAAAUGGGACCCGAUCAAUCUACUUGACGACAACGAUCUCUGGAUUUCAUCGGAUUCUUUUAUCUCUGCCAUGGGCCAUGCAGUGAGUGCUGCCGAGGCGGCUUCCGACAUUCUAGAAUAUGAUCCAGAUCUGAGCUUCAUGCCGUUCUUUUUUGGGAUAUAUCUCCUGCAGGGCAGCUUUCUUCUGCUAUUGACGGCUGAUAAGCUACAAGGGGAUGCCAGUCCCAGUGUGGUUAGGGCCUGCGAAACAAUUGUACGGGCCCACGAGGCUUGCGUCGUGACUUUGAAUACCGAAUAUCAGAGGACGUUCCGCAAAGUAAUGCGUUCGGCUCUUGCCCAGGUCCGCGGGCGUGUCCCUGAGGAUUUUGGUGAGCAGCAACAGCGUCGUCGUGAAGUACUGGCCCUCUACCGUUGGAGCGGGGAUGGGGGUGGUCUUGCUAUAUGA